GUUUGUUAAUUCAGCUUUGUGUACAGUUGAAACCUAUGAAAAUGCAAAGUUCAGCAUUAGGUGUUUAGUGUGUUUGAUUAACGGUUAUCUUUGUUGAUCAUAUCUGAGGAUUCCUGUUACACAAGGUAGAAGUUCAAGUUUUGUGUCGGGCUCAUUCAUACUACAGUACCGAGCUUGUUUCAUACUGUAGGCUAUCUGAGAAGUCAAAGACUAUUUUAAAGGUUUACGGGUGGGAAGAUCUAAGAAGAAAAGGACUUGAAAACUAAUUCCUGCUCAUCAUCUGUGAGCAGCUUCACAAACAAUGGACCAAUCUGACACUGAUCAGAUUCAGAUGCCUCCUGUUACAGAGGACAACAGCAGGGUCAACAACAGACAUAUCCCUCUACCUGCCUGUGUUAACUCUGGGCUGGCAUCAGCUGUUUCCAUCUUUUGCAUUGGACUGGUGUCAGGAGCUGCAGGAGGUCUUCUGCUGGGAGCGACAGCAGUCGUUGUGCUACAGUCCCUGGAGCUUCUGGCUGAGAACAGGCUGCUCAUGGAGCAGUUAGAAAAAUACAUAAUUGAUUAUGAUUAUUUGGAAGUGAUAUUUCUAAUCCAUGAAAUUAACCUAUCCGUUUUUCCAGUAAUAUUUGGUGGUUUUUCCUCAGCUUUAUCAUUAGCUGUAGGGAUCUUUAUUGGAUUAUCAGCGUAUUCAUUGGUGAUUAAAAUAAAAGGUGAAGCAGCGAUGGGGAAGGCCCUGGGUGUUGCUGGGCCAGUGUGUCUCAUGGGUGUCACUGCAACUGGAUGUCUUCUGGGCCUUGCUUUAGAGGGUUUUCUAUCCAUUACUUUAAAUGUUAGUGAUUUGGUGUGGUGUUUAAUUGUAGUGACAGCAGUAUUUCUGUUUGGAAUCAUUUCUGGAGUCUGGUUUAACUUACAUCUUUAUUUUUCAUUAGUUUUUUGGCCAACUAUUAUAUUAUUUAUACUUUUACUAGGUUUUUUAUUUAGAAUUAGAUUCAUUCUUGCAGCUGUUUUGACUCCUAUGAUUAUAACAGUUAAAGAGCUUGAAAAAUUGCUUUCCCUCAAACUAACCACUGCACCUGUGCCACUGAUGUUGAUCAUAUCUGAUGUAUAUAACACUGCAGGGCAGCAGAUUGUUUCCUUACUGUCACCAGCUUCCACAGACAUACGCAGUUUUGUACUAGAGAGAAUAUUUGUUGGAGUUUUAACUUCUCUGCUGUUCACAGUUACUGUAGGAAUGUCAAUAUUUGCAUCUUGGCAAAGAGGUGGAGCUUUUACAAUCUGUGCUAGUGCUGCAGCUUCUGGUGCAGCAGUUUUAGGUGCUAUAAAGUUGGCUCUCCCUGUGCUAGGUCCAGGUCCCACUAUAGGAGCUCUGAUAGGGGGGGCAGGAGCAGUAGGGGUAUCUGUUUCCGCAGCAGAGGCAGUAAUCAACCACUACAAUUCCUGCUGA